ACUGGACGAAAUUAUUCAGUUUACUGUUGUGGGUUCAUCCAAUAGCAACCCUUGGCGUUAAACAAAACCAAACGACUCCCAAAGUCCUUGCGAGUGAGAGUGUGUGUGUGCGGUGUUAAUUUAUUGUUUCUUACUAAAUUAGAACCAAAAUGAAAUCCAUGAUCGUUUUUGGGCUUUUAGCCCUGUGUGUCCUCGCCCAUGCCGAGGAUGCCAAGAAGGCUGUUGAAACAAAGUCUGUUGAACCCAAACCCGCCGCCUCCGAGGCUAAGGCUGCUGUAAGCACCGUCGAAAAGAAACAAGAGAAGCGUGGUAUUCUUCAUGGUGUGGGACAUGGCUAUGCUCCCGCCAGUUAUGGUCACUCUGGUGGUGCCCUUCUGGGUCAUGGCGGUGGUAUUGUCUUGGGUCAUGGUGGUGGUGGUGCCCUCUAUGGUGGUGGUGGUAUUGCCUAUGGUGGUAGUGGUUUCGGCGGUACUGCCGUCGCUGCUGGUGGUGCUAUACCCACCAAUGUCCAAGUCAAUACUGUUGUGCGUAAUGUGCCAGUACCCUAUCAGGUGGAACGUCACAUUCCCUAUCCAGUAGAGAGAACCGUUACAUAUCCCGUUAAGGUUCCCGUUCCCGCCCCCUAUCCCGUCGAAAAGACUAUUACCUAUCCCGUUAAGGAAAUCGUCAAAGUACCUGUACAUAUUCCACAACCCUAUCCCGUAGAAAAGACUGUCCAUGUUCAAGUGCCUGUACAUGUUGAUCGUCCAGUUCCCGUUAAGGUGCCCGUCCCAGCCCCCUAUCCCGUAGAGAAAAUUGUUCAAGUACCCGUUAAGGUGCCCGUGCCACAACCCUACCCAGUCGAAAAGGUUGUACAAGUUCCAGUCAAAGUGCCCGUCCAUGUGCCCCAACCCUAUCCCGUAGAGAAGAUUGUUCAGGUUCCCUUCAAGGUACCCGUAGAUCGUCCCUACCCUGUGCAUGUGGAAAAGCCAUACCCAGUGCCAGUUGAGAAACCCGUGCCCUAUCCAGUGGAGAAGAGAGUGAACGUAAAUGUGCCCGUACCCGUGGAUCAUCCAGUGCCAGUGCCUGUCGAUCGCCCCGUAGCUGUGCCAGUUAAAGUGGGUGUACCCCAACCCUAUCCAGUAGUCAAGGAGGUUCCCUACCCCGUUGAACGUCAAGUGCCCUACCCCGUCAAGGUGGCCGUUGAGCGUCCAGUGCCAGUGCCAUUUGAGCAACAUGUGCCUGUUACCGUCGAAAGACAAGUGCCCUACAAAGUACCAGUUGCAGUACCCGUCCACUUAGAAAGCCAUGUUGGCGCUGUAGGAGGCUUCGCCUAUGGCGGUGGUUACGGUGGUGGUUAUGGUGGUGGUUACGGUGGUGGUUAUGGAGGUGGUUAUGGCCACAGCGGCCACGGCGGUCACUACCACAAAAAAUAGACAAAUUCUUGUGCGGCAUCAAAACCCAUAACAAACAAAACCAAUAAAACAAAGAUUUCUCUUAAUCGCAAAUCGCUGGCCUUAUUUAGAAUCUAAAAUGGCCUCAUUUACGUUUAUUAAAAAACUGUAUUUUUAUGUUUCUUUUUUAAUGUAAAUCUAAUUUUUUGUAUAUUUUUUUGUUUAGUUUUAGAGUGUGAUAACGAAACAAAACAUUUUUAGAGAAAAAAAAAACGAAAAAUUCAAAUCUUUGUAAGAAAAGUCAUGAAACCCUAAACGAAUAAUGAGAGGGGCAAUUAUUUGAAAAAGAUUUGUUGUGGAAAUAUGGGAAUACUUUAAACUUUGAAGGACUUUGAGAGACGUUUGUUGUUGCAUACUCAAUACACUGCCAAAUCAAUACUCAUGAUUUUUCGUACAUUUCAGUCCAACUUGCCCUUUCCCAUAUUUUUGUUGUGAUUUAUUUGUCAUUUGCAAUAAAAUCCACAGCAUUUGUUUUAUUGUCCCUUUCAAUAUUUUAUUUUUAUAGAUUGAAACAAAAUUUCUACUUAUAAACGAAAAAUCUUUAUGCUUAUAUUUUGAUUUAUUUCAUUU